AUCCCGAGAGGCGACCCAGCCCGCCAUGGCUCUACUCCUUCGGGCAUCGUGCCUUCUGUCCCUGCUCCUGGCCGGGUUCGUUCCGCCGGGCCGGGGACAAGAGAAGUCCAAGACAGACUGCCAUAGAGGUGUGAGUGGUACCAUCUAUGAGUAUGGGGCCCUCACCAUCGAUGGGGAAGAAUACAUCCCUUUUAAGCAAUACGCAGGAAAAUACGUCCUCUUUGUCAAUGUUGCCAGUUACUGAGGUCUAACAGACCAAUACCUUGAACUGAAUGCACUACAAGAAGAACUUGGCCCGUUUGGUCUGGUCAUUCUGGGCUUCCCCAGCAAUCAAUUUGGCAAACAGGAGCCGGGCGAGAACUCGGAGAUCCUACCCAGUCUCAAGUAUGUCCGACCAGGUGGGGGCUUUGUCCCUAACUUCCAGCUCUUUGAGAAAGGAGAUGUGAACGGGGAGAAGGAACAGAAGGUCUACACUUUCCUGAAGAACUCUUGCCCUCCUACUGCGGAGCUCCUGGGCUCACCUAGCCGCCUCUUCUGGGAACCCAUGAAGAUCCACGACAUCCGCUGGAACUUUGAGAAGUUCCUGGUGGGGCCAGACGGCAAGCCUAUCAUGCGCUGGUACCACCGGACCACAGUCAGCAACGUCAAGAUGGACAUCUUGUCCUACAUGAGGCAGCAGGCAGCCCUGGGGGCCAGAUGGAAGUAAAUG